GAAGGGGUGCUCUCCCUCACAACGGUGCAGGCUAAGCAGCAAGAAUGGCGUCUUGCGGGAGCGCAGUAGGCCCGCAGGGAGGCCGAGAGAGCGGGGAACUGAGUAGCUCAGUCCUUCUCCAGACCGUCAAACCCCUCAUUCCUCGCCUGUCCCUGUUCUCAUCGCUGCAGUUGCAAGCCAAUGUGAACCUGAAUCUGCCUCCUCCCAACUGGCUGCGGGCCAGCAGUCCCGCCACGGCCUUCUCUCGUACGCACUUCUCUCUGCGUCCGGUUGCAGACAGCGAGCCCUCCAGUACCAUCCUGGCCAGCCACUACCCUCACGUUGUUGGAGAAGUGGACGUCAUGUCUGAUUCAAAGAACAUAAAGAAGAUGCUGAAACUUCCUUAUUGUGGAUCUCCACUGAGCAUGGCCAUCCACAGAGUGGGAGAGACAUUGCUGAUUGAUGAGUUUGCAGCUCCAAUGGCCCCACCAACCGGAGUUUCGUCCUCGCUGGACAAGCUCUUUGAAGGAAAUAAUUUGCUGCAAUUCUGGUUUACGGCAAGAAAGAAGCAUCCAGCUCUCACUAGACACAGGAACAUGUACUCUAAACUGCUCUACUACAGUUUGGCAGAUAGGGCCCUGCCUCCUGCUACCACAGACCCAGUCACUACCCAGCCACCUACAGGCUCUCUAUCUCCUCCUUUGAGCUCAGAUAUUUCAACCCUCACAGAAUACAACCUAGACUUAACUGCUUCCUCGACCAGUGCCCAAUACCAGUUGAGAACUGGACUGACUGGUGAACAAGACCAGUCAAGAACUGGACUGACUGGUGACAAAGACCAGUCAAGAGCUGGACUGACUGGUGAACAAGACCAGUUGAGAACUGGAUUGACUGGUCACCAAGACCAGUUGAGAACUGGAUUGACUGGUGACCAAGACCAGAGUGACCAGUUGAGAACUGGCGGCACCGCUGCUGAGCUAGGUGGCAGCGUUGAAGAAGUCUCAAUUCAAGAAAGAGAAGAUGAUACUGUCAGACAUAAAGUCCAGAUGAAUGCUCUCCAAUUUAAGACAGAGGCAUUGAAGCCCCAUCCACAGGAAUUGGACCCACCUAUAUUAAUAGAGGUUCCCUGGAAGUGGAAGUACCUCGAUCAGAGGAGGACGAAGAAGAAGAAGAAGAGGAGGAUAAGUUUCUUAUUCCAGCUUCGUUCCUCUCAUCACCAGCGGUGGUGGACGAGAGGAAAUGGGAGAUCAGGACCAGUUGUGGUGGUGUUGGGAAGAGGGAUGGUGGAGGCAGGCAGGAGAGGGAGGGAGGUAGGGAUGAGACAGGGAUGGAGAGAGAGACUGAGGACCAGCCUGGAAAGAGCCCUGGGUUUCCCUAUACCCCUCCUCCACCGAACCAGAGGAGGUUCUAUCACGAUGUGCAGUGGGACAUCGCCGACAUACGCAUGCUACUGGGCAGCGACCUACCUAUAUUUGGCAGCGACAGCCACCCGGCCAUCAGCCUAAGACUCCGAGACAUGAGGAGGCCGAUCACGGUACUGACAGGUCUGGACUACUGGCUGGACAACCUCAUGUGCAACGUCCCCGAACUGGCCAUGUGCUUCCAUCUUGACGGCAUCGUGCAGAGGUAUGAGAUGGUAAAAACAGAGGAUAUUCCAAACCUUGAGAACUCGGAAUUCUCUCCAAAGGAGGUGCUGGAGGUGGCCCAGAACAUUCUUGCUUUCCUGAAGGCCAACUGCACGCGAGAAGGCCACACCUACUGGCUGUUCCGGCAGCGAGGGGAGGAAGUUGUGAAACUCUAUGACAUCACCUCACUAAUGGAAACCAGCAGUAGAGACGAGGAAGAAGGAGGAAAGGCUCAGAAUCCAUUUGCCAGAUCAGUAGCUGUCCUCUUCUACAGGGUGGCGAGGAACAUGCUCAACCCACCAGGCAGUAGCAGUGGCAGCAAUAGGCUGUCGUCAGCGGUGACUGGUGAGGAACUGAGCAUGGCCAAACUCCUCCUGGAGAACUGCGUGCGUCUCCUCCGAGACAGUCGCCACAGCGACGACAUUAAUGUGGGUUCCUCAGCGUGUUACCUCCUGGCAGACCUCUACCUCAGCCGCUCCCCGUCUGACUCCACCCCCUCACCUGACGGCCCACCUGACAUCAGGGGAAGGUCACGUGACAGGAAGUUGUCCCUCAACAGUGACGGUGGAGAGACGGAGGGACGGGAAGGAGUGGGUGGGCCCCUCUCAUAUCUGGACUCAAAGUCUCUCUCGGUGAGAGACCUUCGAGAUGGUCACCUCACCUUCCCUCGUGACCCCACCCACCCCCUCCCUUCUCUCCUUGUCACCUCCUCCACAGACAGAGCCAGACUGGCUCUCCAGUCCAUUGCCAAGGGUCUUGAUAUACUGGGGGAGUCCCUGUUCGUUCCCCGGUCCCCUGCCACCUCCGAGACGCCGCUGGCCCACACCUGCGGGAGCCACCUGCUGCAGAAGGCCGGCUCCGCCUAUCUCUGUCUUGCCCGCACCUGCACGAAGACCGGGAAACACGGGCGAGCUCUGCGCUACACCCGCUGUGCCCUCCUCUGCUUCCGUGGGAGCAGGGAGUGUGCUGGCGAUGGCGGUUCUGGUGGAGAGCUGUUAGACCAUCUCCUCAGCUGGCAGCAGUGUGGGGACCUCCACUGUCUCCUAUCUAGGGUGUCGUGUUCGUCUGAUUUCGAAGACUUUUGGCUGGAGAAUCCAGAGGACACGCCUCUCGUUGCUACGGCAACCAGACUCCACCCACCUGAACCAGACAGUAAGGAGGAGGCUUGUCUGACCAUUCACUCCAACAGGGAGACCAGCUUGUGGAGAAGGUCCUAUAGUCUUCUUAUGUUAGUGUGUUUGACGACUCUCUCUCUCUCUCUCUCUCUCUCUCUGUGUGUGUGUGUGUAUGUUUCCAGUAUUGACUGCUAUGAGAAGGCCCUCCAGCUGGCUCCGUCUGUCCGUCUGUCUGAGGCCCAGUCCAGUGGUGUCCUCUUAACUCUCCGGACCCACUUUGGCAGUGUCUGGAACGAACUGGGGACUCACUACAUGGUCACUGCUUCUUCACUCGACUAUGCAAAAGAGAGGGGUAAGGUGGAGAAGUUAUGGAACUGCAGUCACGCGUGCCUCAAUCGUGGACUGGACUUGUUCACCGCUGCAGACAGCACUUCGACGAGCGUCAAUCGCUCCUCCACCUAUGCCAACCUGGGCUGCCUCAUGAGGGCCUGUGCCUCCGUCCACUCUCGCCUGGCCGAGGCCCAGGGGUCAGAGUUCACGUCGGAGGAGAAGGCAUACUAUGAGAAAUCUCUGGAAUACUACACCACUGCUCAACAGCUACUGAGACAUGAGAGGGUGGAGCCGGAGUUCUGGUCCAGCCUCAUGUGUGACCUGGGACUGAUGUACAAUACUCUGGCACGACACCUCCUGGACAGACCUCCCCUCUCCAAACUCACCCCAGUCGAGGUGGAGAGGAAGGUGAUGGACUCUCUUCUGAGGUCCUUGCACUGUAUUGAGCCUCAGUUGUCUGCAGUGGACAUCAACUCGCCCAGGUUCCCAGUCAUCCACCAGUUGGCCGGAGAGUCUCACUACCGACUCGGCUGUCUCUACCAGAAGACUGCCUGCGGUCGGUCGUCUUCUUGUUCAGCUCAGAAACUGAAGCACUCACGUUCGCAGGCAGAGAAACACUUUAACAAGGCCUUCCAAUACUAUCUGCCGGAGCAUCAUGCUAAGGAAAUCCUGAGACUUUUGCUGGACAAGUCCACUCUCUUUGAGCUGCAGGCACAGCAGGGACAAGGAGUUAGACUGCAGUUGAAGCUACUGGAGUCGGCUCUAUCCUCACUACUCCAGUGUCAGACUGCCCUCUGCCACUACCAGCCUUGCCACGAGCACGAGACUCAACCGGUGGAGAGUCAGCAGGAGACGAAAGAGGAGGUGGAGGAGGGGAGGAGGAGUGAAGAGAGGCCAGAGAGUGGAGGAGAUGCUCUCACCAGCCUCCUACUAACAAGAUUACUAGCGGUUCUCAAGCAACUGGUGUCCACUGCCAUGAAGAAAAGUGAUUUGCCAAAGUCGUCGUCGCUGGCUGGGUACAAGGCGAUGUAUGCCGCUGCCCUGAGAGGGUCCCAGUCUCGUUCCGGUACCGUUUCUGAACAGAUACAGGGGGCCAGGGUCUGCCUCGAGACUGUCACUGGACUAUGGCCAGACUGAGUGUCAAAUACUGCAUACAUCACUUUUUUUAUGGAUACAACAGCACAUGUAUAGUGAACAGACAGUAUGAUUUCUCGUCUCAACAAUGGAUCAGUUUAUCAACUCUCUUCUUGUUCGUUCUUUCUGCUGGAUGAUCGUCUCUUCUUUUUCCUUUUCCCUGUUUACAAUUAAAAUACACCAACAACCAUGUUCAGUAUUUCAAUUUUGUAUACCAAAAAAGAGUGUUUUGCAAGCACUUUUUAUAGCAAAAGUAUCUUACUGUUGUUGCAUGCUUGUGCCUGUGAUGGUGGGUGUGUUGGG